GAGACCUGGAAGAUAAAAUAGUGGAAAUAACUACUGCAGAGCAGAAUAAAGAGAAAAGAAUGAAAAGAGGAAUGUGUGCGGAGCCCAUGGUGGUGCAGGAUCUGCGAGCCAAGUUGGACUCGCUUCUCCUGCAGCUGCUCAGGGACCUGGAGGAACUGGAGGCAAAGCGGGCGGCGCUGAACGCCCGGGUGGAGGGCUGGCUCUCACUCUCCAAAGCUCGCUACGCCAUGGGUGCCAAGUCGGUAGGGCCUCUGCAGUAUGCCUCCCACGUGGAGCCCCAGGUCCACGUCUGCACCAGCAAGGCCCAGGACGGACUCCAGAAGUUCUGGAUGGUGAGAGCCGGCACCCAGACUCCAGAGGAGGCGGGACCCCACAAGGCAGUUCUGCACAGGUGCAAGGGCCUCACGAGGACCCCGGAGCCAGACCCCUCCCCAGCUCCCCAGGACCCUCUGAACUGGUUUGGAAUCCUGGCUCCUCACAGACUACGGCAAGCUCAAGCCAGCUUCCGGGAGGGUCUGCAGCUGGCUGCAGACAUGGCCAGCCUUCAGAUCCACAUCGACUGGGGUUGA